AGCAAAGAUAUUAUUUAUUUGCUACAAGUAUCUAACACACCCAGAAGUUUAAUACUGUACAAGAGGAAGAACUGGAAGCCGAAGAAAGAUGAUCAUCACACGACUAGCAUUUCUGUUCCAGGUCACCAGCACCGUUGGUGCCUUCCAAGCCCUUUCCCCAUCGGUAGCAACAACUCGAUCGGUUUCUACGAGGCUGCAAGUCACACCCGAAGAAGCGAUCGCUACUAUGUCUACGUCCCAAGAAAACAUUAUCCGAAAGAUCAAGAGUACAAUCCCCGAUUUGGAAUCAAAGGAUGAUUUCACAUGGAAGGGAACCGAUGUAUUGGUGGACACUUGCCCGGUAACCCUGGACGCUCGUGACGCUGCCGGCCCUUCGAACGUGGCGUGGCUAUCCUCGAUGUGUGUCGAUAGCAAGAUGUCAUCGCUUCAAAUUUUCAAUGGGCCCCUGAAUGACGUCCCGCACUUAGUUUCGAGGUGUGCUAUUCUUCCAGAUGCCAAGAUGAGACUGACGAUUGAUUUCCGGCCACGUGCCUAUGGUGCCUACGAAAUGAGACGACCGGAUGGAUCCUACCCGGGACCAGACGAACUUGGUCGAAAGUCCUUCGAAUACUCCGGUGCUCGAUCGGAUUAUGACAAGAAGUUUGGGACCGAAGAAGUCAAAGAGUUCCUAACAUCUCUUCCUCUAGAAGGUGCUGUUCCAUGCGAUGUGCCACCCACCGAACUCGACUUGCUUACGCGGGGCCCACUGUACACUUCGCUCGACAUGCCUAUGACGGAAUCGAACAUCGAUGUAGUCGUUGCGGCACGAGAAAAAGCUGCCUACUAUUGGUUAGACUGGACCCAGGAAACCGAGCACGAGCACCGACCGGGAGCCCCAAUCAACUCCCAAUACGUAUACGACACAAAGUACAAGCAAAAUGCAUUCGGUGCUCUCAUGUCUGAAUAUACCGCUCUAUUCGGCGCUGAAGGUGGAAAGCGAUUGGCAAUUGGAGACUCGGGACCUCUAGAUGAAGCCUACGUUGGGGGAGCAUCGUAAGACUGAUAUGGACCAAGUGCGUUGGGGAUAUGGUAAGAAGACUUAAAUUAUAAUAACCUCACGAUCAUAUC